UCCUCCUCUUCCUCCGCUAAAACCCUAAACCCUAAAGGAGAACCACCAGCUCCGCCCCACGAAGCUCCCCCCCCCCAUCCCCUCCAUUUCCGCCGUCUUCUGGCUCACGGGAUGGCCGCCGCGGCUCUUCUCCGCUCCGCCCUGCGCCGUCGCGACGUCGCUUCCGCUUCUUUCUCCGCCUACAGAUCCCUGACUGGCCAUGCCAAAUCAUCGUGGACCGGCUGCAAUACGGGUCAGAAUUGGGCAAGUUUCUGCAGAGCAUUCAGUUCAAAGCCGGCAGGGAGCGAUGUCAUUGGUAUUGACUUGGGUACAACCAACUCAUGUGUUGCAGUCAUGGAGGGAAAGAAUCCCAAGGUGAUUGAAAAUGCUGAAGGUGCGAGGACCACACCAUCGGUAGUUGCUUUCAACCAGAAAGGAGAGUUGCUCGUAGGAACUCCGGCCAAACGUCAAGCUGUCACCAAUCCAGCAAACACUGUUUUCGGUACCAAAAGGUUGAUUGGAAGGCGUUUUGAUGAUGCCCAGACCCAGAAAGAAAUGAAGAUGGUUCCCUUCAAGAUUGUGAAGGCUCCCAAUGGAGAUGCAUGGGUUGAAGCAAAUGGACAACAGUAUUCCCCAAGUCAGAUUGGUGCUUUUGUUCUAACAAAGAUGAAAGAAACAGCUGAGGCUUACUUGGGGAAGACAGUGGCGAAAGCUGUGAUUACGGUUCCAGCGUACUUCAAUGAUGCCCAGAGACAGGCAACCAAAGAUGCUGGCAGAAUUGCAGGUCUUGACGUGCAGAGAAUCAUUAACGAGCCAACUGCAGCUGCACUUUCUUAUGGAAUGAACAACAAGGAGGGGCUUAUAGCUGUUUUCGAUCUUGGGGGUGGAACCUUUGAUGUUUCCAUUUUGGAGAUAUCCAAUGGAGUUUUUGAGGUGAAAGCUACAAAUGGUGACACAUUCUUGGGUGGAGAAGAUUUUGACAAUGCAUUGCUGGACUUCUUGGUUAGCGAGUUCAAGAGAACUGAAGGAAUAGAUCUUGCCAAGGAUAGACUUGCCUUGCAGAGGCUCCGGGAGGCUGCCGAGAAAGCUAAAAUUGAGCUUUCAUCGACUUCGCAGACUGAAAUCAACUUGCCGUUUAUCACAGCUGAUGCUUCUGGUGCUAAGCAUUUGAAUAUUACUCUCACUAGAUCAAAGUUUGAGAGUUUGGUGAGCCACCUGAUUGAAAGAACUAAGAACCCAUGUAAGAAUUGUUUGAAGGAUGCUGGCAUAUCCACCAAAGAGGUCGAUGAAGUUCUUCUGGUUGGUGGAAUGACCCGUGUUCCCAAAGUACAGGAGAUUGUUUCUGAAAUUUUUGGAAAGAGCCCAAGCAAAGGAGUCAAUCCUGAUGAAGCUGUUGCAUUAGGGGCAGCAAUCCAAGGCGGUAUCCUUCGCGGUGAUGUUAAAGAGUUGCUUCUUCUAGAUGUUACUCCUUUGUCGCUUGGUAUUGAGACAUUGGGUGGUAUUUUCACGAGGCUCAUAAACCGGAAUACAACUAUUCCCACCAAAAAGAGUCAGGUGUUCUCCACGGCAGCAGACAAUCAGACGCAAGUCGGUAUCAAGGUUCUUCAAGGUGAACGUGAAAUGGCAACAGACAACAAGCUUCUCGGGGAAUUUGAGCUCAUGGGCAUUCCACCUGCUCCUAGAGGCAUGCCUCAGAUUGAAGUCACAUUUGAUAUUGAUGCCAACGGUAUCGUGACUGUUUCUGCCAAAGACAAAACCACUGGGAAAGAGCAACAGAUCACCAUCCGUUCAUCGGGUGGCCUGUCAGAGGAUGAGAUUGAGAAGAUGGUUAGGGAAGCAGAGUUGCAUGCUCAGCGUGAUCAGGAGAGAAAAGCUCUGAUAGACAUCAGGAACAGCGCGGAUACUACCAUCUACAGCAUAGAGAAGAGCUUGGGUGAGUAUAGGGAGAAAAUCCCUGCCGAAGUUGCAAAGGAGAUUGAGGAUGCCGUUGCAGAUUUGAGGAAAGCCAUGGAAGGUGAUAACGUUGACGAAAUCAAGUCGAAGCUCGAUGCUGCCAACAAGGCCGUCUCUAAGAUUGGACAGCACAUGACCGGUGGCGAUUCAGAUGGUGGAUCAGCAGCCGGAGGUCCUCAGGGUGGUGAGCAGGCUCCCGAGGCCGAAUACGAGGAGGUCAAGAAGUGAAAUCUCUUUUAAAACUUAAUUUCCUUCUCUUUUUGAGGAAGUGAUUUUCUAUUGAGGGUAUUGUAUCUAAAUGUUGGAGGAAAGCUUAGGAAAUUUUGGACUGGUGACAUUAGAAAUAACUACCACCACAUCCGCACUUUAUUGUUCUGCAGAAAGUGAAUGUCAUUCAAUUCUUAUUCCCUGUUGUA